CUAUCGUUUCGCCGAUUGCUGUCAACGAUAAUCUGUCACGACAAGCCUGAGGCUCGUGCGGGUGAUGAGCUCGGACGCGCUCGUAGACUCAACUCCUAAGAGGCACACAGCGUACCUUGUGUUGAGUGCUGUUGGUAUAGGAUGGUAUCUAGUUUUAUGGUCGCUGGGAUUGCUAGGUUGUAGGACCGCGAGGCGACGAUAUAGGCUUCGCCCUCGUUCGCCGCUCGCGUCAGCACCCGCCGCAUCCGUACCUGGUGUGUCCAUUUUGCGACCCCUGAAGGGUCUCGAUACGAACCUGUACGAGAACUUGGAAUCCACUUUCACUCAAGAAUAUCCCAACUACGAAAUCAUUCUGUCCGUAGCAGAUGAACAUGACCAAGCGCUGCCUGUGGUGAGGGACCUGUUGGCCAAGUAUCCGAACAGGAAUGCCAGGGUGAUCGUAGGUGAAGAAGUUGUUGGCGUCAACCCGAAAGUCAACAAUCUCAUACGACCAUACCGUCAAGCAGCUAAUGAUAUACUUUGGGUACUGGACUCAAACAUAAUGGUAGCUCCGGGCACACUGGCCCGAUCCGUGGACGCCCUCAUUGGACCCCCCUCUUCCUCCUCCAUAUCGCCCCCAAGUCGACGAAUCGGUCUUGUACAUCACGUACCGUUCGCCUUCGCUACCGAGCCGGCCCUUGGUGCGAGACUGGAGGAGGCCUUCCUAAACACGAAUCACGCGAAGAUGUACUUGGCGAUUAACACGGUUGCAGUCGACUCUUGCGUCGUCGGAAAGUCAAACUUGUACCGCCGAUCUGAUGUCGAGCGUGUCAACGGAUCCCUGAAGCCAAUCUCUCCCUCUCUAUCCGCCGACGGAGAUGCUGACCCUUCGGAGGAUCGUGGACUUGCAGCGUUCGGUCGUUUCCUGGCCGAGGAUAAUAUGAUAGCCAGCGCUCUAUGGCACGAAUUAGAUGUCAGACACGACUUGUCUUGUGACGUCGCUCGUAACGCCAUCGGGAGAAUGUCCCUUUCUGAUUACGUUUGGCGGCGAGUGCGUUGGAUCCGAGUCCGCAAGCAUAUGGUCUUAGCUGCGACCCUUAUUGAACCUUUUACGGAGUCGGUCGUCGUCGGUCUACUCACCUCUACCAGCCUUCACUACCUUUUCCACGUCCCAAGGUGGCUAUUUCUCGGCUGUCAUUUCGCUACAUGGUUGGCCGUGGAUCUGGACGUGUAUGCAUCCCUAGCGGGCCAUCCAGUCCCGGAUUCGUCAAGAUGGACAUUCGUGGGUGCCUGGCUGAUGCGGGAGGUAUUAGCGCUACCUAUAUGGACGCUGGGUAUGCUAGGAAAUGAAGUUGAUUGGAGAGGGCGAAGAUAUCGUGUGUUGCAGAACGGGGCAGUGGAACACGCCCAAGGUAGUGAAGGGCGUUUUAGUUGGAUUCCUUGGUUUGGUAAAAGCAAUGAAGCUCGAGGCUAUCAUCCACUGAGCGCCGUGGACGCACAAUAAUUGUAAAUACAUGUACUAAUACAUGGGUCGGAUG